AUUAAUUUAUGUCAAGCACUUAUUUAGAAUAGGUGAGAGCGGCUUUUUCUUAGAUCGAAGUCAUUGAAAAGACAAUCGUAUUUUGUAUGUAGAGCAAAUAAGUGAUUCCAAAUUAGUCUGUUUUAUUAGAUCAUAGAAUUAAUAACUUAAUUUAAAUGGCGCAAAAGACUGCAGCUGAUGCUUUAAUAUUAAUUGAUGGAGCAGAUGGAUGGAAAAAAGAGGAGAUGAAUUAUUUGUAAGGAGUUGGAGGUUCUGGAGAUGUUUGGGAGAACUUUUAUGAAAGAUUCAAAGAAAUUAAAGAUUAUCAUAAAAGAGUCACUAAUGUAUAAACUAUGUAGAAUAAAGUAUAUAUAUAUAUAUAUAAUAUUUGUCAGGUUGAAUUUUACUAUGAAUAAGCUUUUGCACCACCAUUUAAAGAACCAUAUUUCUCGGGAGAAGAACAUCAUGGUAGAUUUCUUGAUAUGCAUGCUAGCUAUAAGGAAUUCUUGAAUCUUAAGAAGUUAAAAGAAAGCAACAAAAUCAAAAUUGGAGAUUAUUUGUGGUAUUUACAGAAUUUUUAAAAUUUUCAUGAUAUUCCACUCUAUAUUAAAGAAAAAGAAGGAAGCAAAUAUAAGAGAUAUCUUAUUAAUAUGUUAGAAUAUUUGCGUAGUUUUUAUUAAAGAGUAGAUCAUUAAUUUAUUUUAGGUAAAUCCAUUAUAAGAUGUUAGCAAGAUUGAAUAAAAAAUAGAAAUUGAUUUUUAAACAUAAUGGGAAAAUGGUUAAGUUAAAGGUUGGGAACAUAGAAAAGAAGAAACUGAAGAAAUAAGAGGACAUCCUCAUUAUUGUGAAGCUUGUUAAAAGAAAUUCUAAAAUGAAAAUACAUUUGUUAAUCAUUUUGAUGGAAAAAAACAUAAAGCAUUGGCAAAACUAAAAGAAAAAUAGAUAGAAUAAGUUAUAUAAGCUAGCAAUUAAUAAGAAUAACCGAAAGAAGAUAAUGAAGGAUAAAAAAAAAAGAAGAUGGCAUAUUUAGAAGUGGGUAUAUUGUAAUACAAAGAGAGUUUAUAAUAAUAAUUAAAUGAUACAAUGAAUUUAGUUAGAAAGAAAUAGAGUAGAAGAUAUGAAGAAAAUGAAGAUGAAGAAGCAAUUCCUGUAUAGGAUUAAUAAUUAGGUAUUAUAUAUUAAUAUACAUAUAUAUAAAUUAGAUUAACCUGAAGAAGCAAGUAGUGAAGAUGAAAGUCCAAUUUAUAAUCCAAAGAAUCUACCAUUAGGUUGGGAUGGAAGACCUAUUCCAUAUUGGUUAUAUAAAUUACAUGGUUUAGGAGUAGAAUAUAAAUGUGAAAUAUGUGGUAAUACAUCAUAUUGGGGAAGAAAAGCAUUUGAAGAUCACUUUUAAGGAUGGAGACAUUCUUAUGGAAUGAGGUAAUUAUAAAUCCAAUUAUAUUUUAGAUGUUUGAGAAUCCCAAAUACUUUACAUUUCAAAGAAAUAACAAAAAUUUAAGAUGCGAUAAAUUUAUAUAAAAAAAUAUAGCAUGAUCAAGAAAGGAGUAAAUUUAGACCAGAAUAUGAAGAAGAGUAUGAAGAUACAGAUGGAAACUUGCUUAAUAAAAAAACUUAUUAUGAUUUAAAAAAGUAGGGAUUGUUGUGAAAAUAUAAGCCAUGAU